AUGGCCUCCAUGUCGCAUUUAAUUGCUAAGCCAGCUCCAGCUGCCACCUUUCCUCUAUCCUCUCCGAGAACGAGCUCCGGCUUUAGGCCUCGCCGUCGCCGCGUCACCGUCCAGCGCGUCUCGUGCGCAUCGCCCAGAGGCGGCGAACGCUCCGAGCAUGACGCCCAAAAGCACGACCGCCGCGACGUCCUCCUGGGCCUCGGCGCGCUCGGUGCCAGUGCCAGUGCCACCCUGGUGUCCGCGCGCCGCGCCGGCGCCGACCCCGUCGCCACGCCCGACAUCUCUUCAUGCGGCCCGGCGGACCUUCCGCCGAGCGCCAACGUGCUGACGUGCUGCCCGCCGCCCUCGAACGCUCUGCCGGUGGACUUCACCCUCCCUGACGCCACGUCCUUGCCGCUCCGGACGCGCCCCGCCGCGCACUCGGUCACCGCGGACUACGUCGCCAAGUUCAACGCCGGGAUCGCGGCGAUGAAGGCGCUCCCGGCGGACGACCCGCGUAGCUUCGCGGCGCAGGCGAGCGUGCACUGCGCCUACUGCGACGGGUCGUACAGCCCCGAGGGGUUCCCCGGCGUGGAGCUCCAGGUGCACAACUCGUGGCUGUUUUUCCCCUUCCACCGGUGCUACCUCUACUUCUUCGAGCGCAUCCUGGGCAGCCUGAUCGGCGACCCCAGCUUCGCCGUACCGUUCUGGAACUGGGACGCGCCGGACGGGAUGCGCAUGCCGGCCAUGUACGCGGAUCCGUCGUCCCAGCUGUUCGAUCCGCGGCGUGACGGCCGGCACGCGCCGCCGAAGCUGAUCAAUCUCGACUACAACGGGAGGGAGCCGAGGUUCUUCACUGACAAACAGCAGGUUGAUCACAACCUCAGGGUCAUGUACCGUCAGAUGGUAUCGCUGAGCCCGACGCCGUCGCUCUUUUUCGGCAGCGCGUACCGCGCCGGCGACGAGCCGAACCAGGGGCCAGGGCCGGUGGAGAACAUCCCGCAUGGCCCGGUGCACAUCUGGUGCGGCGACCCGAACCAGCCGGACGGCGAGGACAUGGGCAACUUCUACUCGGCCGGGUUCGACCCGCUCUUCUACGCGCACCACGCCAACAUCGACCGCAUGUGGUCCAUCUGGAAGGGUCUCGACGCCCGGCGCCACACGGACCUCACCGACCCGGACUGGCUAGACGCCUCCUUCCUCUUGUACGACGAGACCCCCAAGCUGGUGCGCAUCCGCGUGCGCGACGUGCUCGACAUCGACAGGCUGCGGUACCGGUACCAGGACGUGCCGCUGCCGUGGACGGCCGCCAGGCCAACCGUGACCGCCGCGGCGCGGAGAGCGGACUCGUUCCUCGCACCCUCGGCGCAGGCCGCCGCCGGCGCUGCCGCCAAGAAGGCGGGCGAGUUCCCCAUCACGCUGGACGAGGCGACGAGCGUGACGGUGAAGAGGCCGGUCGCGGUACAGAGGAGCAAGGCGGAGAAGGCGUCCAAGGAGGAGGUGCUCGUCAUCGACGGCAUCGAGGUGGACAGGGACGUGGCCGCCAAGUUCGACGUGUUCGUAAACACCGAGGACCACGCCGCGGUGGGAUCGGGCGGGAGGGAGCUCGCGGGGAGCUUCGUGAACGUGCCGCACGGGCAUGGCCACGGGCACGGGCACGGGAAGAAGGGGAGAGGGAUCAAGACCAAGCUGCGGCUCGCGUUGAACGGGCAGCUCGAGGACCUCAAGGCCGAAGGCGACGAGAGCGUGGUGGUGACCCUCGUGCCGCGGCAAGGCAAGGGUAAGGUGAAGGUCGGAGGCGUCAAGAUUGAGCUGAUGCAUUGA